GGCUGCGUGCCAGAUGCAACGGAGGACUCUCACAAGAGGUGGAGUGGACUCCACUGCUCCUGUUAGGAGUCACCUUUAGCUGACAGCUCUUCUCACAGAGAGGGACUCCGGCUCUGCUGUAUGGGAAACAGUAACGUAGAGCAUGUUUGAGCCUUAAGAGUCCACUUCGCAUUUUGAGCGACGCCCCCAAAUUCCGUGCAGAGUGUUUGCAGACCCUCCGGGACGGAGAGGUGGAGGAGGAAUCGGCAGCUCCGCCGUCCAUAUACACUACAAUCACCACGCCAUUAGUUCAUGACUUCAUCAUAUUUUUGACAGGGGAGUUUGGACCAUAUUUGGAAGCUCUCCAGGACUCUGAGGCUGCUGCAGAGAAUGGGAAUAAGGACACAGGCCAAGGCUUGCCAUUUUGGCUGAAGUAACAGCAGGACGGUUGUCAACCACGCAUCGGCUUCAAUCCCCUUCUCCCUCGCCUCCACACACACGCACACACACACACGGACACACACAUACACAGACAUCCCCACACAGCCACUGCUAUGUCCACCGCGGUAGACAUCGCUGGCCCUUCCUCCCCAGAUCAGGCCCACAGCAGCACUAAAAUCCCCAAUGAGCCACUGAGACCCAGCCUUAAGCGCUCCCACCACCCCUACAGCCUCUCCCAUUACAUCUCCACCCCUUCCCCAGCCAUGGACGUCAAAGGCCUGAUCCAGCCUUCCCCAGCCCAGCAGCGAGCCACUCAACCUGCACACACCAAGCCUCGCCGAACCCCCUCCUGGCCUGACAUGUGGGAGUCGCCCAGCGGGCUCCACCUGGCCCACGCCGCAGAGCUGCUGAUGCGCGCUGGGCUGCUGGCUCUGACCCCAGCUACCACAGAGCAGGCCGGCCUGGGUGCACAGAGCAGCCAGCCAGCUAAAAGCGAGGCUACUGAAGCGAAAGGGGAAAAUGGAGAUGGAGAGGGAGGUGGGUCUGGGCCGGAGGAGGAAGAGGAGGACUCCUCUGGAUGUGGAACCGACUUCCAACCUUUUUUGGGUGCCUGGUUCCCCUUCAGUCCUGCCCUAUUCCCCCUGGCUGGCUUCCAGAUGGGGGGAGGCCACUGGAGGAGUGCAACCAUGGGAGCUGAGGGCAUGGAGGGUCUAGUGGCUGAGGGCUACUCUCCUGGCUCUCUUGGUGGGGGCAGUGGAGGGAGAAGGAAGAGGAAAAGGUGCGGGGAGUGCGUACCUUGUAGGCGUCAGACGAACUGCGAACAGUGUAGCAGCUGCCGCAACCGCAAGAGGGGACACCAGAUCUGUAAAUACAGAAAGUGUGAGGAGCUGAAGAGGAAGCCAGGAGGCCCCGGGUUUGACAGUAGAGUCUCUGGGUUUGAUCUCAGGGGCUCUGACUUCACUUUGGGUCUGGCACAGGAGAGAAGCAACAGCACCUUGAAUGGAUAGUAAUGUCUGAGAUGGCAGCAUUUGUCAGAGGAUCUUGGUUGGAUGAUUGUUGAGGAGCUGCAGUUUGAUACCAACACAAAGGACACCAUGUUAAUAUGCUCAGACUGUGGUUCAAAGACCCUCAGAUGUUGUGUUUCGUGAAGAGCUGCAGCUCUAAGAAUGUCCACACCUGUUCCCAUCCUUUCUUUUGACAAUCAGCCGGGAGAGGAGAGAGAGAAGGAAACCAAUGUGUGUCAAUAUUUAGAUGAUGACAAAAAUGCUGUAAAUAGUUUGUACAUAUCUGGAAACAUUAUGUCUUUUUUACAUCCCCUUCCAGUUUGGAUGUAUUGUGUUUCAACAUAAAAAGGAGCCAAAUGUUUUGUUUCUAACGGGGAGUUUUGUUUCUGUUGUUCUGAAGUCGCUGCAUCAGUAAGAAGUGAAUGAGUUCGGCCCAGGCUAAAUUAUUUCAUGUGCAACUUGUACUGUAUAGCUCUGUUUGCCCUUUUGAAAUAAAAGAAAUUGGCCAUGUA